GUUGAACCAUUCCACCCACAAUCACCUCAACUACAACAUGGCAACUCCAGGGUACACUGAAUCACAUAACUCUCCCGCUCAAUCAUAUGGCUACUAUCCGCCCCAGGCAUAUACAGAGUCGUCCCAGUCCCAGACAUCUACUACGGUAGCUCCCACGAGCACUGCUGCGAGCUCAAGUACGACCACCGCGGCACAGUCACAAACUCGCCAGGCAGCGGAGGAUGCACGCAAGGACAGAACAUUGGCUGAGUUCCUCGUCAUGCUGGACGAUUACGAGCCUCUUAUACCCAAUGAGGUGACGGACUAUUACCUCCAAAGAGUGGGGUUUGAAUGCGAGGAUGUUCGACUCAAGCGUCUGGUUUCUCUAGCUGCGCAGAAGUUUGUGUCAGACAUUGCAGCGGACGCCUAUCAGCACGCACGUAUACGUACCAACGCGGCUGGGGGUCGCACACGUGGACCCCUGACUGGUCCAAGUUCUGUUAAGGAUAAGACUCGGACCACUCUCACAAUGGAGGAUCUUAGUGCUGCGCUGGGAGAGUAUGGCAUCAACUCUAGAAAGCCAGAGUUUUACCUCUGAAGACACCCUUUUUUCACGCCCUGUAUAUUUUAGUAUUGUAUAUCUCCUUUCGCAUAUAACAGACGCUCUACACACGC